AUGAUGGUCCCGAGAGCAUUCCUCUUCACCUCGGCGCUGCCGCAAAAGCCCCUGGAACAGAGCAUGAAUCCAUUCACACCUGUUCGCUCUGCUUCUCGCCCCGCAUCAAGGACCGAGAUCCGGGGUUCGAACUCCAGCCCAGUCGUGAUUCCCCCAAAGCGAGGCUCGCGAAAUCUCUCCAUGCGCAGAGAAAGUCGAUCCCGUACGCCCUCGAAAACGUCUGAGUCAUCUCGUCGGUCGACCUCGAGUUCAUCCAACGAACGCCACAUCCCUACGUCAUUCAACUCGAUGCUAGAUGCGACUGCCAUCCCACCACGACGAAGUCGGAAUACGCGCAGACCCCGGAAACUAGCUCGGAGCAACCAUGAAGAGGACUUCCGGCGGAUGUUGCAAGAAAAUGUCAAACCGAAAGAGGAUCACUUCCUGGACGGUUCCAUUUACUCUCCUCUGGACUUCCUCCUCAGCCCACCCGAAGAACAUGACGAACUUCUGGGCAACGACUCUGGGCAUGACUCUCCACCUUCUGUGAGAUCGACAUCAAGUGAAUCAACACCGUCAUUGGUUCAUGGCCUAGCCUCACCAUCAAGUCUUUCAUCGCCCCCAACCCCUCCAAGUCACCGGACCACCCCAGAAAAGCGUCAACCUCGGUACUCACAUUGCGAGGAGUGUGCUUUGGACCACCCCCUGCUUCAGACAGAAGUCGCUGAAUGCGAAAUUAUUGAAAUCAAGUAUGACAAUGAGCCUGUCGAAAUCAACACGACGCCGACCAAGCGAUCUGCCUCCUUUGGACGGUUUGGAGCCAUCAAGUCGAAUCUCACGGCAUCUUUACGAGCCAUCAAAUCCGCGGCACAGACCGUCUCGACAUUCGCGACGCCCUCCGUCCAACCAGAGGACUUCCUUACCCGAUCCCUCUUCAAUAUUGCUCCAGAAACGACAGAUGAUCGCCGUCCAUUACCGAUGGAAGAAACCCCCUCCCCAGCCCUUCGACGAUAUCUCAACCCAACUCCAAUCUCGCCAGCCGAGAUGUACGUCUAUCAUGACUACCCUCACACGCCCAAGGCCUCUGGUAUAAGCCCGGUCUCUAUCCAAAUGCAAACAUAUCGACGAUCUGGCGGCCGCGGAAACCGACGCAACCAUUUCCACAUCGCAAGCCGGGAACAGAAAUUUGUUACUUUCGACCCGGAGAUUCCCCCGAUGUCUCGCUCUCGCGAGAUUCGUGAGAACAGCGACUUCCUGCGUGUGGUCGUUCUCGAAAUGAACAUGCGACGCCGCGGUAAACUUCGCGAGGACAUCCCCACCCGCGCCCGCGUCUGGUUGCCUGCUCGCAAGAACAAUUAUCGUCUAUUGGGACAAUACGAGGACGGUGAUGACAACAACACAGUCCCCUCCCGAUGGGUCGGCAUUUCAGCCGAGUGA